UUAUUUUACCUCAAAUUUUCAACGCCAAUCUUUGACUUCAUAAUCCCAUAGUUUGACAUUUUAGACCCUCAACUUAAAAUUUGGCAUCAUAUUUUGACUUUUAAUUUCAUGAUAAAUUUUAUUUCAUAUUUUGACCUUUUUUAACACCCCUGGGCUAGACAGUUAAUCUAAAUUUCAUUAGAAUCACAAUAUUGCCUUCUGCACUUUUCAAAUCACCGGAGGUGCAUUGUCUUUUUAGAUGAAAUGUGUGUCAAAGAUCCAGCAGAUUCUGCAGCAGAGAUGCCCACAUUUCAUGCAUGUAUGUAAGAAUAAAUAGUCUUGUGCUAAAAUUGCAUAAUUUCAAAUUCAUCACUCAUGUGUUCACUUUUUCAAUAAUCAUUUAAUGUUUUCUAAUUAAAAGGAGUGCAAUGAGGGAGAAGUUGCCACUCUUUAAUACCAAAUCAGAAUUCAUUAUCUUGUUUCAUAACUGUUCAGCCCUACUCCAGAGCAAAUUGCUCCCUUACUAGAUUUGCAGUUCCACUGCGCAAUCUGGUCUGUCUUUGGCGCAUGCCAGAAGUGUCACUCCACUCAAAAUGCAAGCCAAUCCUAUUUUCAGGAGAGGUUACUGCCAAAAUCACAAUCCACAUAGAGCUGAUUGACCUAAAACAGGAAGAGGACUAAAAAAUUUUAUUACAUCAAAAUUAUGUCUCAUCCUGUGUCAUCAGUCAUUAUUUGGUUGGAGGGUCAUAGAGGUAAUCCAUGGCCAUAGACAAAAUAAAAGUUAUUAGUUUAGAAAAACCACACCUUCACAUUUCUAGUCAGAUUGAGAUGUACUCAUGCCAGAAAAAAAUUAGCCACAUUAUCUAGGUAUGUUAGUACAACUUUAAAAAAAUUAAAUCUACUAUAAAAUGAUCACAGUCAGACUUAUAUGUUUAUAUGCAUUUUAAAAGUCCAGUUUUGGUUGGGCUUACAUAAUACCUUGACCCUCUCUAAUUGCAUGUAAAUGUACUGAGACUGAGAGUAACAACAAAGAAGACUCAAACACCUAUAUAGCACAAGACUGGUCUAAUAUAAACCACCACUCAAAAACCACAGAUCUUAACAGGGGAUGCCUCAGUUCAACAUCAGGAUCGGACAGUAUUGGCCUUGUUUGCAAAUACAGUCCAUCAGCAAAUAGUGUGAGGUGAAUAGUUAUCACUUGCCAAAGUUUAUCAAUCGUGUCUGAUCAUUUUAAUGUUGACUUCUAGUAUGCCUAACUGCUUACUCAUAGAAGAGUUUUAUCAAUAGGAGGGAAGAAGUUGGACAGUGGGAGUUGUACACCAAAAGCAGUAAUAGAAAAACACCAGUAUCCGUAUCAGCAUAGGUGAAACUGUAAUUUUAAACAUCGGUAUCUUCCUUAAUUUUCACAAUCUGUGCCCCUUGAAUCUUAAAAUAACCUAGAAUAUUUCAGGUCUGGGGUGUUGAAGACAACUUGAUGUAUUUUUUUUAUACAAACUAGGACUAAAUGUCACAUGAAUUACCCCCUGCCCAUCUUCAUAAGUCAAAGGGGUCUGUGGGGUCUAGAGGGCUAAUCUGACUCAAAGCACUGGAUUCUCUGGAAGGUGUAGCUUGUGUAUUUUCCAUAAAAUCUACCAUUACUGCUACUUGUUUCUUGGAAUCACAAAAUAAAUUCAUUGUGGCACAGCUAACUCAUUCCUCUCUCUCUCAUUUUUGGUGCUCAUUUCCUUUAAAUUUCCCUCACUUUUGGUGCCACUGUUGUUUCCAUGUGUACAGUCAAAAAAAAAAAAAAAAUGAUAUCACCUCUAACAUUGAUGCUUUUGUCCACGUGACUUGGUGCUGGAUGGCUACUGAGUUUAUUAAUUUGGUUUUGUAUGUUUUUUCUGUGUGAUUAUGUGUGCAUAUCAGAUGACUAGACUGGCCCAGCUGUUACACUACACUAGCCUGAGUCAGGCAUUGUUUUCCAAGCCACUAUCCCCGAUCGGGCCAACGCAGCCUUCAAGGGGGGAAUGUGACCAGGAGAAUAGCCCGCUGAACCUUCCAAGAUGGACACCUUGUCUCUUUUUAUUUAUUUUUCUUUUCUUUUUGGUUUGUUUCCUUUCAUACUUUCCCAUGUUGUCCACUUUCUCCUGUCUCUACCUAGAAACUACAGUAUUGCUUAUCUCUAGCGUUGUGUUUAUAUUUGUUAUUUUGGUUUGUUGUUUUGAUUAUUGUCCAACCCCCCACCCCCCUCUCUCUUUCCGCUACAGCUGCAGCUUGUGUGUGAUUGAAUUCUGUCCAGGUUGCUACGGCAUACCGAUGGUGGGAUGUGUAUCACACAUGGGAAGCUAGGAGGAUCACUAACACUUUACUCUCUUGUCACCUACUCCUGUUGACAUAGUGAGGGACUAGACGUUAAAAAGUCACACUCAGUAAGGAACAUUUCAAGUCAGAAAAACAUUAAAUCUUUUGAUUUCUAUUUCCACUUUUCAUUUGUGCUAAAAAUAAAUUCAAAGUAGGAUUUUCCCCUCACAUGUCAGCUCUGAUAUGGAUGUUUAUAAUGUCACAACCAUUCUCUUUUUGCAUUAUCUUCUUUUUUAACUUUUCUUUGCGUCGCUGUUCCUUUUGAGUACAUUCUGAAAGUAGAAGAAGUGUUCGUGCUAAACCAAUUCAUGCUCAUGUAGUUAUUUUGUAAACGUAGCCGACUCUUUUUGCUGAAAAAGCAGCAAAGUGGAAUGAGCAAAAUUCCUGAUUGGUUGUUUUUUGUAGCUAAGUCUUGGCUAACAUUUCCUACAGUUCUUAAAAUUGUUGUUCUUCUCUGUAUCUGAUGUCCUGUGUGCUAUUAGUGAUGCAGCCAUUGGGGUUGUCUUGUGUUGCACACCUUUCCAACACUGCGAAACGAUCGCCCCCCCACGGAAAAGCGCCCAUGCUUGAUAUCGUAUGGUUCAUGACCAAUAUGUUUCCAGUACAGGGAAGAUACCGGAGGAGGCCAAGGCUUUGUCUCUUCUGGCACCAGCCACCCCAGUACCUAGUCUGAUUCCUGGUGGGGGACUUCUCCCGAUACCUACUCCCACCCCGCUUCAAAAUCUGAACCUUCCUCUAGUGAAUCGCCUUUCAGCUGGCCUCGACCCCGCAGCGUCUGUUCACUCCCAGCCCCCUCUCAUGGGAAAUGUGGAUCCUUCAAAGAUUGAUGAGAUCAGGAGGACGGUCUAUGUUGGCAACCUGAACUCACAGACCACCACUGCAGAGCAGCUGUUGGAGUUCUUCAAGCAGGUGGGAGAUGUAAAGUUUGUGCGGAUGGCCGGAGACGAGACUCAGCCAACACGCUUCGCCUUUGUGGAGUUUGUGGAGCAGGAGUCUGUGGCACGAGCUCUGACCUUCAAUGGAGUCAUGUUUGGAGACAGACCCCUGAAAGUGAAUCAUUCCAAUAACGCCAUAGUGAAACCCCCCGAGCUGACGCCACAGGCAGCUGCUAAAGAGCUAGAAAGUGUGAUGAAGAGGGUGAGAGAAGCCCAGUCCACUAUCGCUGCUGCUAUAGAGCCAGAUGUAAAAAAGCGCUCCUCCAGUCGGUCCAGACGGUCACGCCGCUCUCGGUCACGCUCCCGUUCACACUCAAGAACACGCAGGAAAAGGUCACACUCCAAACACAGACAGCCGAGGAGGUCGUGGUCGAGGAAUGACUCACACAGUUCCCGAAGCAGCCACAAGAGGCGCUCUCGUUCCAGAGACAGGAGACACAGUCGAAGUCGCUCAAGGGGCCAUAAGAGGAGGAGUAAAGAUCGCUCAAGGAGCCCUCGAAGGAAAGCCAGAUCCCCCUCACCAAAAAGAGGUAAGAAAGACAAAAGGAGGGAGCGCAGCAGGGACAGAAAAGAGCGCUCCACGUCCAGGAAGAGGAGCCGCAAAGAUGAGGACAAGAUGAAGAGCAAGGCCAAGCCAAUGAAGGUGGAAAGGGACUACGACAGAGAAGAGGAGGAAGACUUUGACAGUGACAGAGAAAGCUCAGCCGGACUCAGACUCAACUUUGACAGUGACGGAGGAAGCCCGUCCGGACUCAGAGGCAUCAACUUGGCAUCAUCACCAUGCGCCCAGUACAACGGCAGCUACUAGACUCACCCUGAGGAGCAAACCUAGACAGCUAGUGACUUUUACUGCAGCACCAUGGAAACUACUCCAUCAAAUGAUCACAACACCCAUCAGGUGUGUAAAAAUACAUGAACACUGGGUAAUCUACGACGUUUCCCCAUCAUCAUCUCCUGUUGAAGAUCUGGGUUUUAAAACAACGUAAAUUAAGUUUUUUGUAAAACAUCUAAAGGUCAAGUGAGCAUUUUUACAGCAUCCAUAACCUCAGCUUUCAAGUUCAGCUGAAAAAGAUGGGUAUAAAGGGGGGUCACAUGAGUCAUAAGGCUCAGAAAGAACCACAAAACACCUCUAGUUACUUUACAAUCACAGCUUCUCAUUUCCAGGUUCCUUCCGAGUCAGUCACACUAAAGCAGAUACUGAGUCCACAUGUUCGAUCUGUUCUCAAAGUCAAAACACUCCAGUAGAAAAUGUUCAGGUUUGAGCUAGCUGCACAGCCUCUAAGAAGGAAACAGAAGCUUCAUUUCCAGUAAGGAUCACACAGGAAGAACAGGUUGCACACCUUUCUGUAGAAACAAGAUCUGAUUUCACUUUUGUUAGCAGUUUUAAAGUCUUACUGCAGAAUGUAGGACACUUUCAGAAACAAAUAAGUCUAAAUAUUGCUAUACAGCAAAAUAAGAAGCAGUGCCAAAAAAUGGAUUCUAUGUGUAAUGCCUAGAGAGUUUCUGCCAUGUUAAGAGCUUUAAAAAUGUUGAAAUAUGCCCUUAAUGAUGCGCACUUACAUGAAGUCUAUAAUAGAUAUGAGAAAGAGGAAAAUAAGGUUCCAAAGUGACCAGUUUGUUCAUAACGGCGCUUUAAGGCAUGAAAACCACAUAGAAACUAAAGAAGAGAAGAGAGUUUGGAUCAAAAAAUGUUUAAAGCUUGUCACACUUCAAAAAUUCUUUGAUUUCAGUUUACAUCAGCUCUGUCUAGUUUAUAUGGAGGAAACUAGCAGAUCUUUAUCAGGAAUUCCUAAUUGAUUACCAUCUUGGUUGGGCUUUUAAGAGUCCAAAUUGCUGGUGAUUUGGUUUGAACUAGCUUGGUCAUGAUAAAAUUUUAAAACCAGAUUUGCAAAAAUCAGACCCAAUCGAUACCACGGCUAGUCUUUUGCACCCAUUAAAGGAUGCUUUCUUAUUUUUCAUUACUUUAAACUGCAGGCAAGCUCCUGCAAACUGUGCAACCUGCAUGAUUGUGCAUGUCUCUUAAAUGCAAAAUUACAUUUCUGGGGCUUAGACAGUACCUUCCUCUGCUCAUCCUGGCAUGAGGGUAACUUUUUCAUCUCUAGAGACACUUAAAAACCAUGAGUUUCUGCUGACCUGUGAAUUUAAAUGGACCACUGCUGUUCUGUCUUUGCCUUUGGCAGCUUUAGGUUUAACCUGGAGAUGCACUGAUUGUCAAAAUUAGGGCUGUUACAGAUGUUUGUAAGAAUUUUGCCAUUACUGAUAACUGUUGUUUUCAUCACUUGUUUUGGUGCAAGACUUCCAUAAAGCCAACAUUUUCUCAGAGUUGACCGUAUAAUCAGAUCAGUUUUUAUCAAACAGAUCACUUUGUCUGUUCUGUCAAAAACUCUUAUUGAUUCACCUGCUAAAUAAACCAAAUACCAGCCUAAAACUAAUUGGACACAACAGAUAAACAUUUAUAAAUGGUAUUGGCUCAUGCCGUAUUGUUUGGCCGAUGUUUGUAAACAGGACUUGUAUCAGCCGAUACCAAGUUAAACUGAUGCAUCUGUGCAUCCCUAGUUUAAUCAGUGGUGCACAAUCUUUUCCUGUCUUGUCCCCUAAAAAAUAGUGAGCCCCCUUCACAGUCCACAUGGAGAAAAAGAUGCAAAAUUGACGUCAACUUUGUGAGUUUUUUAGAGAUAAAAUCCCAAACAGAACAUGUCUACACUCACUGAUUUUAGUGAAUACGUGUAAAUUAAAUUUUGGCAGCCUCAGAGAAAACUGACUGAUGGGCUUGAAUAUGACUGAAAGUUUGUACUUUUCACAUCAAGAUAAUUUAGAACAGUGGUUCUCAACUGUUGUAAUGUCAGGACCCAUCAGUAUCUCCUUAACAACAAAUCUUGACCCAAAUUUAUUACAUUUUGCAAUCAUAACCAAAUUUUUUAAUUAAAAAUGUGGCAGUUUGGGCGCACAGAUGGCUUAGUAGUUUGAGGCGCAGCCCAUGUGCGCGGGCGGCCCGGGUUCAAGUCCGACCUGUGGCCCUUUGCCGUAUGUCUCUUCCCCCCUCUUUUCCCCAUUUCUCUAUCCACUGUCCUCCUCUAUUAAAUAAAGGCACAAAAAAUGUUUGAUUUGAUUUGAAAUGGACCAAAGGAAAUAAUGUAAAAAGGGGAUGGAGACAUACCCUUCAAAAUAAGGGCCUUACACAGAUUUUUUGCCACAGAUUAUGGCAAAAAAUCGUGACCCACUUUUGGGUCCCGACCCACCAGCUAAGAACCACUGACUGAGAAGACAGAUUUCUUAUUGUUUUAAAAUGUGUGGUGUAAAGAAUGUGUGAAAUAUUCCUUUACUUUAGGAUUGAUGUAUAUUCAGACCAGCAUUUAGGUUCUUUACCUGGGGGUUAGUGCCAGCUACACAUCAAAACACAAAUAUUUGAGGAAAUAACAAUCAAAUGGAGCAAUCAAAGUUCACAUCAGCUCAUAUAUGAAGAAAUGUAAAUGUUCUUUCCAUAAGCGGGCACCUUUUGAAGUAAACAAUGAAAGAGCCUUUCUGUGACAAAGGUGUCAGGAGCGCCUUUCUUUUUCUUCGUCUCUUCUCACAGAGGUGUUGCAGCAGCAAGUUCCCAUAAAUGAGUAUUAUGAUAUCCCGCAUCACUGCUGAUACUGUAAGGCUCAUGUGUCCUUUGUGUGUUAGAGGAUGAUUUACCUGCUCUGUGAUGUGUCCUUUUACUGUUCUUUGUGCGAAAUUUCCCACAUCUUUCUGGAAACUGGAGCACUGUUUCCUUUAUAACUACACUGUUUCUCUGACCUUGUUGUUAUCACAUUUUUAGCAAAAAAAUGGCGCAUCUCUCAUGUACAAAUCAAUGUUUCACUUUCUGGUUUUGUUUGAUGGGUGUACAUUUAGUUGCCUUUUUACAUUUCCAAUUACUUGCAUUGAGAUUGCAAUGCAUCAUGUUCCCUUUCAUGUCCUUAUCGUAAUGCUGUGACUAAAAAAGAAUCGAUCAACUGUUCUGACUUAGUACAGGCCUAUACUGUAAAAUGAUGGUGCAAAACGUCUGUCAGCUCACACUGCUCCAGAAAGAAAAAGAGAUGCAAACGAAGCUCAAAUGAGCCUAGAUGAGGCUCAACAAGAUUAAAGGUCAAAUAACUGCAUGGAAGCCCUGAAGGGUCAAAAAGUGCCUAGACUAAGAUUGUACAGAAUAUUCUAAUAAAACAUGGAGACUUAUUUACAGAUGCAACUUGGAUUUAUCGUCAGCUAUGUUUAAUGAAAUGUUCUAUUAAAGUGUUGUCCGCUGUCUUUAGUAAGUAAAAGCAGAGUAGAGUUAACAUUGAUGGGACUAAAGUGGAUUUCUCAUAUUAACAGUUACUUUCUGUUAUUUUUGGUGUUGCAGUUUGCAGUAUUGUGAUUGUGUUAAAUUAUGUGUGCAAACUAGCCCCAGAUGGAGAUGAGUGUGCUUUAAGCCUGUCAUAUUUUAAAGCUUUAUUUUAGAAAAAGAGACUUCAGCUGUUUUCACACAUGUAGUCCUUUAAAAGAUCAAAAGAAAAGCUGCCCUGGAAAUGAUCCUGAAGUUGUGUCUUCACAGUUUUUUCCAGAAACUUUGAAGAUUUUAGUGCAUGUGUGAAAACAGCCUAAAAGACCUAACAACUGUCCUCGCCAAAUUCCACUUCGAUGGCUUUUAAAACUAAUUAUUUUGUUUUUUUUCUAUGUUAACAAAGCUUCAGUAUGAAGUGGUGAACUCGUGAUAAAGUUAAGUAAAACAGCAUUUCCAACAUAGUAUGUGAAGAUUUUUAUUUUUUAUAUCCAUGUACCUGCUAUGUACGGUUUAGACUGUAGAGAUUCGGUUUGUGGUUGUGUCCUGGAGGGUUAGCCACUUUGAUUAUCUGCUUUUGGGACUUUGUUUGGUAAAGUUGUUUUUGAAGAGCUUGGAUGUAUGUAUGUGAUCCUCCUUGAAUCUAUCAAAAGUUCUGAUAUGGUUCCAAAAAUACUCAAUAAAGAGACUUUACAUUCA